AUGACAGGAAUUUUUCUUCCGUUUGAUUUGCACGUGGCAAUUAGAUGGGUGGGUCCGGCGCGCUCGUGGCUGCCGUGCUCAGCGGGCGCGGAGCCGCGCCGCCCGCCGCCCCCCCUCGACGACGCGCGCGCCCGCCUCAAGCCCUACUUCUGGAGACUUGAUGGGGAGGAAGUCAACCCUAAAAGGGUUUCUUUGAAUGGGACUCUGGAGGUGUCUCGAAAGCGCGACGGUGGUGGGGACGGUGUGUACCAGUGUGCAGUGCGCCACCAUGCCGGUGUGGUGCUAGGCAACCCCGUGCAUCUCAAGUUUGCCUACAUGGAUAAGCAGUUCUCCAAGCAUCCAGAAAACACGACAAUUCAUAGAGGACAACCUGUCGCUCUAUCCUGCAACAUCAGUUCUGGACCGCCAGCAUCUAUCACCUGGUUGAAGAACGGCGAAGAGCUACUCCGAAAUUCUAGAUACCACAUUCUCGAUACUCAACUGUUGAUCAUGGACGCAAGAUCAGAAGACUCCGGCACGUACAGCUGUAUAGCAACUAACCAACCGGCGAACAGAAGUCGCGUGAGUCCCAGCGGCAGGCUGAAUGUCCUGGACACCGUGGAGGAUCGACCGGCUGGUUUGCUAGAAGUGUAUCACGAAUCUCAAAUACUCACGCCUAGGGGAUCACUCGUGGUGUUGCCCUGCCCCGUUGUGGGAUGGCCCAGACCUAAGCUAAUCUGGCAUCUGACCCCUCCCGGCGAGAGGAGCAGCGAGCUCGAGACAACUGAUGAGAUUCUGAUCUUGCGAAACCUGGAACUUGAUCAGGAGGGCCUCUACACUUGUGCUGUCGAGGAUCAACGCGAUCUAAUGAAGACCUUCAAUGUGACUCUGACCACACCGGUGAACAUCACGCAUCCCCCUACUUCCAAAGAGGUGCAGCGAGCAAGCACCGUGCGCUUCAACUGCACGGCCACCGGCAAACCCGAGCCCGUUAUAACCUGGUACAAAGAUGGUCAACCUUUAGUACUGGCAGGACGGAUAAAUUUACGAACUUCCGCUGAUGGUAGUCAGAUCCAGCUGGUGAUUAGCGGAGUGACGUCGGAUGAUGCCGGUAAAUAUCACUUUUUUUUUCCUUUAUAA